CGCUUUGACACGUCGAGCUCUCGUAAGCGUAGGAAUUUGGGUGUAAUUUUUCAGUUGGGAACCGUCAUCCGCGCGUGUUGGCUGUUCCUGCUGUGACUUUUACUUGUUACUUAAAACCAACGAGGACCCAGCUCAGGGGAAAUGGCGUCGGGUGUGACUGUGUCUGACGCGUGCAAGACAACGUACGAGGAGAUCAAGAAGGACAAGAAGCAUCGCUACGUCGUCUUCUUCAUCCGAGAUGAGAAGCAGAUUGAUGUCGAAGUCAUAGGCGACAGGAACGCUAUCUAUGAUUCGUUCCUUGAGGAUCUCCAGAAGGGUGGAACCGGCGAAUGCCGUUAUGGCCUCUUCGACUUUGAGUACACACAUCAGUGUCAAGGCACCUCAGAGGCCUCAAAAAAGCAGAAGCUGUUCCUGAUGUCGUGGUGCCCUGACACUGCCAAGGUCAAGAAGAAGAUGUUGUACUCGUCCAGCUUUGAUGCGCUCAAGAAGUCCCUUGUAGGAGUGCAAAAAUACAUCCAGGCCACGGAUCUGUCCGAAGCGUCGGAAGAAGCGGUGGAAGAGAAGUUGCGCGCCACCGACAGGCAGUAGAAAAGAAUGUGUGACGAGGGCGCAGGAAUUGCUCUCGUGUGCCCAGAGCUUGCGCUCGACUCUGCUCGUCAAAAACACACAUGUCCCCUACUCUACUAUUCUCUUUACGCUGUCACACUAAGAUAUUCCGCCAUCGCUGCUGCUGCUGCUUUUAGUAAAUUUACACCGAUCGACAAUUUAUAGAUUUUUUUCACACACAAAAAAAUCAGGGUGGGUUUUGCAUAAUUAUUUUCAAAUGUCCGGGGUAAGCUCUUCUUUCUGCAAAUUGGAUGUCUCAAAAGAAAAGUGUGAUUUCAUUUGGAGUAGAUCCACCUUCUUGAUUUGCACAAUUUAAUAAAUUUUGCCAAUUAACUUGAGAAAGGAACAAUAAAUUAAACGAUAAUUGUAUUAUUACUUGAGGACUGAUUUUUAUUAAGCACAUUUUCUAAUUGUUAAUUUUGCAUUAACUCUCAGCGAAACCUGCAACAAGAGGUGUCAUCAGCAACGAUUGAAACUGAUAUAAUUUUUUUUGCUAUUUAUAUAAUAAUUACACGAAUUACACUUUGGUUGUAACACCCGCGGCGAAGCAAAAGUGCGAAAACAGAUUCCCUAGUCUUAACUUGUGCUUUUGCUCCGUAACUUUCCGUCAAAGCCGCGAGUUGCGCCAACAACGGGAUAUCUUAAGUACGUAUUACUACACAAGGGGCGAAUAAUAUAAUCCAUUGUUUAAUACAAGAAAUAAAUUCACUUUUCCGAUUUUUUAUACGAAUUCUACUGCUCCUGCCGUUGAGGCAAAUCCUUGUCAAGUAUUAUGAACAAGUGAACGAUACACGUAAUUUUAAUGCUUUUUCUCAAUUCGGGAUUUUUGUCACCAAGUGAAAAAUGAAGCCAAGCAAACAGUGAAAAACUAAAUUUUAUUGUGUUAAUAAUCUGUAAAAGUUCACGUGAAUUAAUAAAAAAAUUGGUACAGUGCAA